UACAGUGAACCAGACCUCUGCUGCAGGUGUCCUCACAGAUAAAAUCUGGGCAGCACAAAACCCUUUUGGGUGAAGAUUUGGGGAAAACAGACAUUAAUUUUUUACCAUGGGGGAUUGGAAUUUACUGGGUGACAUCCUAGAGGAAGUUCACUCCCACUCAACUAUAGUGGGGAAAAUCUGGCUGACCAUUCUCUUCAUUUUCCGAAUGCUGGUACUCGGUGUGGCUGCUGAAGAUGUCUGGGAUGAUGAACAGUCAGCAUUUGCCUGCAACACCCAGCAGCCAGGUUGCAACAAUAUCUGUUAUGAUGAUGCUUUCCCUAUCUCUUUGAUCAGGUUCUGGGUUUUACAGAUAAUCUUUGUGUCUUCUCCUUCUCUGGUGUAUAUGGGCCAUGCACUUUAUAGACUCAGGGCCUUUGAAAAGGAGAGGCAGAGGAAAAAGUCACACCUUAGAGUCCGGAUGGAGAAUCCAGAGCUUGAAUUGGAGGAGCAACAAAGGAUAGAUAGAGAGCUGAAGAGAUUGGAGGAGCAGAAGAGAAUCCAUAAAGUCCCUCUGAAAGGAUGUCUUCUGCGUACUUAUGUCUUACACAUCUUGACGAGAUCUGUGCUGGAAGUAGGGUUCAUGAUAGGCCAGUAUGUUCUCUAUGGGUUUCAAAUGCACCCCCUUUACAAAUGCACUCAACCUCCUUGCCCUAAUGCAGUGGAUUGCUUUGUAUCCAGGCCCACAGAGAAGACAAUUUUCAUGCUCUUUAUGCACAGCAUUGCAGCCAUCUCUUUGUUCCUUAAUGUACUGGAAAUAUCUCAUCUGGGAAUCAGGAAAAUCAUGAGGGCACUUUAUGAGAAAUCCAGCAUUGAGGAUGAAAGUGGCACUCCAUUCCAUUUGAAAAAAUAUUCGGUGGCCCAGCCUUGUAUGAUUUGCUCUCCCUUGCCUAAAAGAAUCUCUUUACUUCAAGCCAACAAUCAACAGCAAGUCUUUCAAGUCAAUGUGCUGAAGUCUAAAACCACAUGUCAAAGCCUACAGCCCAGGCAACUUGAAGUAGACCCUUGCUGUAUUAAAAAAGAGUGGACUGAGAAGGAUCAGCACAGAGGACAGCUCCAUGUCCACAGUCCGUGUCCCUGGGAUGAUAGUACUCGAAUUCAGCACCAGGGACAGCAACCAGACCAUUCAUUUGGCCUAGAAAAUGUAAAGUCCCAGUCCUGGCUAUGUACAGAGAUGGCUCCUAGACAUUGCCCAUCCUAUGCAAUAGGAACCUGGGAGCAGUCCCAGGAUCUACGACCCUCAGGAGAGCCUCUUACAGAGUUGCACAGUCACUGUAGAGACAGCGAUGGCAGCAUGAGAGAGAGUGGGGUCUGGACAGACAGAUCUCACCUCGAUAGUCGCAAGGCCAGCUUUCUGUCCAGAUUGCUGUCUGAAAAGGGACAGUUGCACAGUGACUCAAGAAGCUUCAGUUCUCAGAACAGCUCUUGCUUGGAUCUUCUGCACCGGGAAAAUAGUCCCUCGCUUCUGCCUUCUGCCACUGGGUAUAGAACAUCAAUGAACAUGCUUCUAGAACUUUCAUCUAUUAUGAAAAAAUAAUUCAUGCUUGGGGCCAGAAAAAUGGACCAAAGACCAACCAGCAUCUGCAGGAGAAAAGUUGCACCUUUGUUAGCUCAAACUGCAAGAAGAAUUGUGGGAACCAUCCCCUCCACAGAGACACCCGCCAGGCGAUGGAAGUGGAAAUGAGGCGUGGAGAUAUGAAGAGGCAUGAUCUGUUCCACAGUGAGUUGGUAGAAGAGCCAGUGAAGACCAGGUGGAUGAAAAUGAUGCUGGGGCCAAGUCCAAGUGGGUGCCAUUAAGGGGCAUACCAUAUUCCAGGUGCUCAAGAUACAUUAUCUAUACCUGUUUUAUCUACAACUGUGCAAAGUUAUUGUUUGCCCCCAUUUUAUAAACCAGAGAAGGCUCAAAGAGACUAAGUAACUUGCCCCACAGCUAAAGGUCACACAGCUAAAGUGCAUGCAGUGCAGCUGAAUUGAAACCCAGAUCCAGGUCCGGCUGUUCCAAGGCCUGGACUCCUUCCAGGAAGCUGUGAAGUCGUGUUCUCUCUCUUGUCCAUAACAAUCAGCAGUCCCCGGGCAAUGAUUUAUUUGCACAUCCAUCUGCCCAACUAACCUGUGAAAGCUACAAGGAUAAGGCCUGUGCAUUUUAAGUCUCGGAUGCCCAGCAUGCAGCGUAGUGUUGGUUGAAUGAAUGUAUGUUUAUGUAUAGAUGCCAAAGACAAUAUAGUACCCAUCGCUUUAAA